ACUAUUUCAAGCGCUACAUCAAUGCAUUACAUUGAUUCAUUGCAUACAUUAGCGAUUUAUUGUAUCAUACAUUGUCUACGCGGCGCGGUUGUUGGCUUUCUUGUUGCCGAUGGUAAGCGUCGAAUCCGUGCGGGUUCGACAAUACCGGUGAGAGGUUGUGACCCGAAUUUCACUUAUCUAAAUGUUAAAGCACACUCGCGCGUUUGGCGACGAGGAAGAUGUCUCUUCUUCUUCUUCUUCUUCGGCUCUUCGGUUCUUUGGCGCUCACGCGGAGCUAUUGGCGAUAAUGCGGGGGCCCCUCUUGGAAGGGGGCAAUCAUCGCAUGUGCCCCAUCGCCAACGAUGUAUAAAUACGCAACGCUGAUGGCUCAUUGCACCAGACGUGCAGACGCAAGAGUUAAUUGUGCUCAAGAUGAAAGCUUUUGUCGUGGUGGUUGCCACCUUGCUGGCCGUGAGUAGCGCCAAGCCGCAGUACAACUAUAAUCCUCCGAGUGCACCCAGCGGAAGCUAUGGAGCGCCUGGGGGUGGAUUAGGAGGAGGCGGUGGUGGCGGCGGCGGCGGCGGAUUUGGUGGAGGCGGCGGUGGAUUUGGAGGAGGUGGUCUCGGCGGUGGACUAGGAGGAGGUCUUGGAGGAGGCGGAGGAUUUGGAGGUGGAAGCGGCGGUGGUUUCGGAGGCGGCGGCAGUGGAGGGGGUGGUUUCGGCGGAGGAUCCGGCGGUGGUGGUGGAUUCGGAGGAGGUGGCGGCGGUGGAUUCGGAGGUGGUGGCGGCGGCGGAGGUGGCGGUGGAGGUACCGUAACCGUCCAGAAACACAUCUACGUCCACGUAGCACCAGAGGAGCCAGAGGAAUUCCGUCCACAACGCCCCAUCUCUGUUGGACAAUCCACUAAACAUUACAAGAUUAUCUUCAUCAAGGCCCCAUCUGCACCUGCUGCAACUGCACCAACUAUUCCUCUUCAAGCCCAGAACGAAGAGAAGACAUUGGUCUACGUUCUUGUUAAACGCCCCGACGAAGCACCCGAAAUCAACAUCCCCACCGCGGCGCCAACGCAACCCAGCAAACCAGAAGUCUACUUCAUCCGUUACAAGACGCAAAAGGACGCGUCCGGCGGAGGCGGCGGCGGCGGUGGUGGUGGUGGAGUCAGUUUGGGAGGAGGCGGAGGCGGUGGUGGUGGAGGUGGUCUUGGCGGCGGCCUCGGAGGUGGACUCGGCGGUGGUCUUGGCGGAGGUCUCGGCGGCGGCAUUUCCACCGGCAUCUCCAGCGGAUCUUCAUCUACUUCCAUUGGAGGUGGUGGUGGCGGUAGACCCGCAAGCAACUAUGGCCCACCUGGCCAGAGCGGGCCAUACUAAGCCCCACCAAAUGUGUUGUGAUUCAUCCACAUACAGUUACCAUGGCGCGACCCCGGAUACACACCACACAUCCUUCAACAUUCUACACAACACACAACAUUGCUAUUCUUCGUGGGUCGCGCAGACCAUACCAUUCAUUUGUACAUACCAACAACCCUUAGAACACCCGCAGCGACAAAUAUGCAUGCAGCAUGAUAUGUUACUCGUUUUUAUAUUUUUGUAUAUAAUACUCAUUAUUGAUAAGAUAGCAAAUUACGGUGACAAAUAAAUGUAUUUUUAGUAAACAUAACUUGUACAUGUUUUCAUCCUGGUUAUUCCUGUUUUUGUGUUGGUCCGUUUAUCAUGUAUUUUUGACGUUUAUGCUCAAUAAAUACAUAAUUUUGUAAAUUUAUACUCUUGAGAUGCCGAAAAGA